CUCAACUACUUUACUUAGGUUGAUCACGAAAGAGAGAAAGACAUCUACGACAACAGUUCUGCUCAGGAUAGGUACUCUCAUGGAUUCCAGUCCCAACCUAAUCCUAAUCUAUACCAACCCCUGAACCAGAAUCUUGCUCCAGGGUUGGAUGAGAACACAUACUCUAGAAACUACUGGGAAGAGCAGCUUCAGUACCAGUACAACUGGGAUAAUGGUUUAACAGAAUACUAUAUAUACCCUCAGUCUGGAUACCAGUCACAGUCUGGAUACCAGCAACAGUCUGGAUAUCAGCCACAGUCUGGAUACCAGCCACAGUCUGGAUACCAGCCACAGUCUGGGUACCAGCCACAGUCUGGAUAUCAGCCAAUUCAGAACUAUCCAGAGGCGGAGCCAAGACCAAUAUAUCAAGAGAAAUUGAUAAAUUACCAGAACCAGAACAAGGACGUAACUUUGUCUCAGGGUUCAGGUGGAGAAUUCGUGGACAUGGUUUCGAAUGGACCUAUCAAACCUAAACCUCUGAUUACUCUUGAUGAUAAAGAAGUUCAAAUUAUUUCCAUUAAAAAUACAACUACGCAUACUACAAUUCUUAAAGAAAAAAACGAUAAUGAUGGAGGAGAAACCAAAUCAAGUCCGAUAGAUCGCAAAAAAGGAACACUAGGAGAGGUGAAACCAGAACCUUCUCUACCUCCAGGCUGGAGAAAAGAGUUCUCUAAAAAGGAAAAAAGGCAUUAUUUCUUCAAUUCGAAAACAAAGAUGUCUGUCUGGAAUCUCGAUGAUGUUAUGAAGGAGCCUAAUCUUCUUAAACAAAGAAAUAUGGAGUCCACAAAUAAGCUAAAAGAUAUUUCUUUAUUGGAAGAGAAAACUGGUUCAGAUGAAGAUCAGAUCCUUCAAAUGAAGAUCCUACUAGAGAAGCUGAAAUCAAACAAAGAUCAGAUCCUCCCUGAAAAACCAAAAACAAAUAAAAAUACGGUUCUCUUAGAGAAGACAAAAGCAAAGAAAAAUUCCAAAGAUAAAACUAAAUCAAACAAAGAAAUGCAGGUCAAUGAUGACUCGAGUAACCUAAAAGAAUCUGAUAUUCAAGAUAAAGUUUCUCCGAAACCUGUGAAGAAGAAGGUUGACGAGGAUGAUUUUGAUCUUAUGCUGAAUAUCAGUGAUACUGAGAACAGGUUUACUGAUGAUGACAUGGAGGAGGAGGAAGAGGAGAAAGCAUACUACAAUUCUUAA